AUGCCAAAAUAUUAUUGUGAAUAUUGCGAUAUCUUUUUGACGCAUGACAGCUCAUCGGUACGCAAGGCUCAUAAUUCGGGAAAAAAUCACAUUGCCAACGUCAGAAAUUACUAUGCAGAAAUCGGACAAGACAAGGCACAAGCUAUUAUUGAUGAUAUAACAAAGGCGUAUGAGAAUUCGGCAGCUGGUAAUUAA